GACCUGGCGGCGCAGAGCCUAUCGCUGCCCACGUGCAGCGCGCUGGGCCAGCUGCUGCCCGGGGCUGCGCCCUUGGCCGCGCUGGCGCUCGGCGACUGCGGCCUGAGCGAGGAAGGUGCGGCGGGGCCGCUCACCCUGUGGCGCCGGGCGGGCCGCGGCCGCGGGAUGGGAGGCCGGCCGAGGUGCCCGCUCCGUGGCCGUGCGGCGGGCACGCACCCUCGGUUCCCCCUCCGGCGGCGCGGGCAGCUCUGCCUCUGUUGGCCGCGGACGGACGGGACGGUCCGGCCGGUUAAAGUGGCCCGCAGUGAGGGGGCUCCGUGGGCAGCCCGUCCGAGCCCGCAGAGCCUCUCUAGACGUGGGGAUUUUUCAGGGCUGAGUCGGGUAGAUGUACAACCUGACAGGUGUAAGACUUUUGUUGAAUGGUCUUUGCGCCAACACCACAGUCAAAUCUUUGGAUCUGAAGGGAAAUAACCUGCGAACCAUGGGAGCUGAGGCUUUGGGAAAACUUCUUAGGCAGAACAAAUCCAUCAGGAGCCUGACCUUAGAAUGGAACAGCCUCGGCAUGUGGGAGGAAGGCUUCUCCUUUUUCUGCCAAGGACUGAGGGCAAACAACUUUCUUCAACGUCUGGAUCUGCGCAAUAACCAGAUUAACCAUCAAGGGGCUGGAGAGCUGGCCAUUGCACUGACACAAAAUAACAGCCUUCAGGAGCUGGAUUUGCGAUGGAAUAACAUUGGGCUUCUGGGUGGCCGAGCGUUGCUGAACUGCUUGCAUAGCAACAAGACCCUGAAGAGGCUGGAGCUGGCAGGGAACAAUGUUCCUGGUGACAUCCUGAAAGCUGUGGAACAAGCCUUGAAUCACAACCAAGACCGUGAGGCUAUCCUAAGCGAGGCCCAGAACCAAGUGAACAUCCUCAGCAAGGAGGUUUUGAGUCUGAAGGAUGAGAAGAACAAGCAGUUCAUGGAUUUUGUGGAUACUGUAGACAAGCAGAAAGAAGAAAGAGCCAGGAGUGAGAAAAUGUCUGUAGCACGAGUCAGCCAGCUGCAGGAAGCAUUGGAUGAGCAGUACUCCAUUAUGAAUUCACUGAAAACCAAGCUGCAGAUGACUGAAGCUGCCCUGGCCCUGUCUGAGCAGAAGGUGCACACGUUGGGAGAGCUGCUGAGUGCCGUGAAACAGGAACAAAACUCUGUGGCUGAGUGCCACUUCAGGGAGCUCCAGCAACAAAAGCAGGAAGGUGCUGAUCGGGAAAGCAAGCUUUUGCAUGACUUGUCUGCUGCCAGUGAGAAAAACCUGCUGCUGAGAAAUCAGGUGGAUGAGUUGGAGAGGAAGUGCAGAGUUCAGCAGGAUCAGCUGUUCCAGGUGAAACAAGACUUGACCAACACAACAGCAGAGCUGAAGCUGCGGGCUGUGGAGGCUGAAGAACGUCUGGAAAUGGAGAAAAGAAGAUUUAAACAAAGCCUUGAAGACAUGGAAUCCCUUCGGGUAAAAGAGGUGGAUCGUGUGGCACAGCAAAUGGAGGCCAGUGAACGUUCCAUGCAUGACAGGAUCCAGAGGCUGGAGGCCAUCAGGAUAUCUCUGGACGAGGAGCUGAGUCAAGUCAAAGCAGCUGCACUAGCUGAGCGAGGACGGGCAGAGGAGGAAUUGAUAAAAGUGCGGAGUCAGGCACGCCUGGAGGAGCAGCAACGCCUAGAACACCUAGAAGAGAAGCUGCGGCUGAUGACCGAGUCAAGGGAUGAAGCUCAGAACUGCUGCCUUAAGCAAAAGGAAAUGGUUGCUGAGGCCCAAGCCAAAGCCAAACAGUUGAGCCUGUAUGCUGAUGGACUCAAGAGGAGGCUGGAGGAACUUCAGCAGUACGUGGACAGGAAGGAAGAGGAGAAAGUGACAGAGCUAAAUAAGGUGAAAGUGGAAUUGCAAGAACAGAUUGGGCACCUGGAGGCUGAACGCACAGCCCAGGAUGGGCUGAGAGAGAAGAUUGCAGCUCUGGAAAGACAGCUGAAAGGUGAUGGGUCCUUUCCUGCUUCUCAAAUGGUAACUCUGAGUUACCCUGCAUUGGGCCUGGAACUCAGCUGUGCUCACAGGUAGUGACAGCAAGUGUUUCCUGCCUGUGAGUACACCUAUGAGUUGUACUCUCCACCCAUGUGUAUUUACAGGGAUUCCUGUCCUCAUUUUGUAGAGACCAAGACUCAGAUGACCACCCCAAAGCUGCAUAGCAGGCAAAAUUUGGAUUUCCUGCACAGUGAAGUGUGCCUGCUGCCUGUGCAAAACCUCUCAUGUUGUCUCAUCCAGCUCCUCUUGUGUGCUUGCUGGCUGUAGCACUUCCAUUGCCUUUGGCCUGCUCCUGUUUUUUCCAGGGAUACCUUGAUUUUCUUUACUAAUGCUGCUUUUUCACAGCCCUAUCCAGUAAUCACCGUGAAACACUGCUGGACAAGGAGGGUGAGAUCUCUCUGCUACUGGAGAAGCUGAGAAUGAAGGAGGCUGAGAUCUCCAGGAUGAGAGAAGAGGAGGCCCAGCGAGCAAGUUUCUUGCAGAAU